AUGAACUCGUAUCUGCUGAAUAGGCAGCUUGGCACUAUCAGCCAUCAAGGUCUUGCGAGAGCACAGAACCAACGUCUUCUCGAGUCACUGCAGGCAAAUUCGAAGGUACAAUUCCGGAAUCGGGGGAGCAGUGGCAAUCAAGGCGGCGCAGACUCGUCGGUAUCUAUAUGGGAUCUGGAGGCCGCGCAAGCGUCCGAUGACGGGUCUUUUAUCCAUACACCACUGGCCAAGGCCUUGCGGACAUCUACCACCGAAAGCUUGGGCAUCACACAUGUUUCUUUCUAUCCCUUCGACUCUCUGGCCUUCUUGACUAGUGGCUAUGACCGGACGCUGAAAGUCUUCUCCUCAGAAACCCUGCAGGCCUCUGGCACGUUUGACCUGGGCUCAACAGUAUACUCUCAUGCCACCUCGAACAUAGCCAGCCACCUCCUCAUAGCUUGUGCUUCGCAGCAUCCGGCUGUGAAACUUGUGGACUUGCAAAGUGGAUCAAGCACGCAUUCGCUGGCAGGUCAUGCAGGGUCGGUGCUGUCUGUAUCGUGGCAUCCGAAGAACGAGCAUAUACUAGCCUCGGGAGCGACAGAUGGUACUUGUCGGCUAUGGGACAUUCGACGUAGCGCAAGCAGCCUCGGAGUACUGGACUUUGACGACAGCGUCGGAUUGGGAGGGUACGACGCUAUAGGUACUGGUGCGCGGCGCAGAGAGCGUGGUAAAGCGCACAAUGGUGCCGUCAAUGGGAUCACUUGGUCUGAGGACGGGCGCUUCAUGAUUACGAUGGGCCACGACGAGCGCAUGCGAGUCUGGCAGAUGACCACGGGUGGAAACACCCUUGUCAACUUCGGACCUUCGCUGAAGAACACAUUGACAACCACUCUCACGCCGCUUAUACCGCCGGCGUACUUGUCGGCUCCAGGCACAGAUACUAUAUACUACCCAAAUCCCGGCGAAAUAUUGGCGCUUGAUUUACAUAACGGACGACUCCUGAAGAAGCUUCGUGCGCCUGCCUUACAGAAGCCACAAAGCGGACGUAGCAUAGGCAACCUAAGUACGCGCAUUACUUCUAUGGCAUGGCGUGCUCACACCGUUGAACUGUACUCAGCGCAUGGCGAUGGCACUAUCCGUGCUUGGUGUCCUUGGACGGACGAUGAUGACGUGGGAGACAGAGAAGGGGUUGAAGAUGAUGAUCAGCAUCGAGAAGAUGAUGAGACUGCUGAGCGGAAGAGAAAACGAGACGAGCUUGAUCAUAUCGUACAAGAUUUGACGAAGAAGAGAGUGACAUAUAGCUAA